AUGAGCGGCCAUCCAUUCGAGGACAUUGGCGACGAUUUUGUGGAGCCAGAGGAAGUGGGCGAAGAGCGAGCCCGCGAGCUUUUUCAUUACUACCGCCCUCCUAAAGAGGCUGCGGAUGAGGCCGUCUUCCUUCCAUACCCCGACACCGUACUGCAAGCACAUGCUCAACUUGCAGCCCUCAGGGUCGAUGUACAGCGUGCCAUGAUCGGCCUGGUGGACAAGAACAGGAGCUACUUCGUGGCAGAGGCGACGAGGUCACUCGAUCUUGAAGACACCAGCCGCUCCGAGCAUGUGGACGAUGGACUGUACGUUGACGGCCAAGAUAUACCCGCGCAUUACGAGGUUCUCGACUUGACCAAGGAUCCGCGCUGGAAAGACAACCAGUUCGUCACCUCCGCACCUUACUUUCGCUACUACUGCGGACUUCCCUUGCGCACUGAGAAUGACAUCAACAUCGGCGCCCUCUUUCUCCUAGACAAUCGACCCAGAGAUUCGACCAGUUUAGCCCGACUAAAAGUACUGUACACCAUUGCCCACAAUAUCAUGGUGCACAUGAAGACUGUCAGAGAGGCUCAUGAGAAGCAGCGCGCCAUCUACAUGAACAUGUGUAUGGCAGACUUCAUCAGCCCAGAGCAUCGCUUCAGGUCGCGGCACAUGAAUCCUCGAAAGCACCUGGAAUCUCCUACUGGACGAACCGACAGUUUGCGCAUCAACAGCGACUUCUCCGCACAGACUCCCACAAUCUCCACAGACGACUUCAGCCACUUCCCGGACAGCGGCGGGGACAAAGCCAUCAGUCGCUCAAGCGAACAAGACCGGAGGGACGAAGUAUGCAACGGCAAUCGAGAGCGAACGAGAUUAGAAGCGUCAAGCAAUAUUGAACAAUGUGACGAUCAGGCAACUCGUGAUAUCGAAGAUCCGCGAGGCAGUCGAUCACCGACGCCUCUACGCGAUCGGGACGCUUUCCUGGAUGUUCCACCGGCAAGUCCGGGCAUGCCGCGUGGGCGUGAUAGCACCAAGCCUGGAGACGCCAAAAAGAAUGUGACUGAAGCUGACCACCAGCGCACGUUUGACCGUGCAGCUUAUCUUUUACGUCAAGCUCUGGACCUCUCCGAUUCUGGCUGCGGUGGGGUCGUCUUACUCGAUACAAAUGCGCUUGCCGACAGCACGGAUCCUAUCAAUCGACGCGUAUCAUCCGACUACACCAACAUUAGAUCACCAGGCGUGCGUCCCAUGGCAAGCCCUGUUCAGACAUCGAGGAGCCGCACUUCCUCGGUAGAUCGAUCGGCUUCCGCAUACAGCGGCAAUAUGCAAGAACGAGUUGUCCUGGCCGCAGCCUCCGUAAGUAACAACGAUGGACCACCCCAGAACUUUGGUAGAGCAGAUCCAUGCUUCACGAUCACCUUGACGCCACCUGAACUCCAGAGAAUGUGCAAAAGGCACCCGCGCGGCAAGCUAUACAACAUACCAGAGCAGGUCGGCACAUCACUGUUCGAUUACGAAGGUCGUCCGAUCGGUGGACGUCUAUCAAGCAGGCUAUUCGAGCUUGUGCUUCUACGACGCCAAUUCCCUGAAGCGAAGCAGGUCAUUUUUGUGCCCAUGUUCCACGCUAAUCUCAAUCGAUGGACUUCAUGUUUCGCAUUCACGAACUCGCGCUACCGUGUCUUCUCUUACGAGAUGGAUUACCUUCAAAUGCUGUCCUUCACGAACGCCAUAAAAGCUGAGAUUGUACGCCUGGCCACAGUCUUUGCGGAUCAGCAGAAAAGUGACUUCAUCGGCUCAGUAUCGCAUGAACUUCGCAGUCCCCUCCACGGCAUUUUGGCAUCUGUCGAAUUCCUACAGGACACAGAGCUCGAUCAGUUUCAGACUUCUUGCAUCAACACCAUGGACGCAUGUGCUCAUACACUGCUGGAUACGGUGGCAAUGGUCCUGGACUACAGCAAAGUCAACACGCUGAAGAGGAAGGAUUCGAUAGAAUCAGACUGCUCCUCACAGGCUUGCCUAGACAGGAGCGAGAGCAUGCCAACUUCCAGCAAUAUACGGAACGAGCCGCUUUUUGCAACAGACCAAUACUGCGAUGUUGCGCGAAUCACGGAAGAGGUCGUCGAUGGACUAGCAGUUGGCCAUCUGGCGAGGGUACGAACGAACAUCGGCUUCGAUGAUCCGGUCAGCAGCCUGAUCACUGCCUUUCCGUCUUUGGGUGACCAGCCUUCGUUGCGAAGGAUUCUGCAGGCCAUUCGGCCUGAAGUCGAGAUUGUCCUCGACAUAGCACCACCCGCUGAGUGGUCAUUCUCGACUCAACCCGGCGCGAUCAGACGCAUCGUUAUGAAUCUGCUCUCCAAUUCUCUCAAAUACACGAAACACGGGGUCAUCACGAUCUCCUUACAGAGAAUGCAGGUCGCUGAUGAGCAGGCUACAACCGUCAAAUUUCUCGACAAGAAACCAAUGGCUAUCUGCAUCAAAGUCACCGACACUGGACAGGGCAUCUCUCCAGAGUAUCUGCGGAGCAAAAUCUUCACGCCAUUCUCCCAGGAAAACGCGAAGGCAGCCGGCACCGGGCUAGGUCUCAGUAUCGUCCGUUCCAUAGUCAACGCGCUCUCCGGUCAGAUCGACAUCAAAUCGAUUGUGAACGUUGGCACGAUCGUGUUGGUCACUUUGCCAGUGAAAGCACCAAGAACGGCUAGCUCCAGCCCAGCAUGCGCACCCAGAAUGGCGACAACCCCAAGCACUUCGGAGUUCACCCUCAUAAGCCCUCAAUUCCGGCAGAAGGAUCCCAGCGUGCUCGCUCUUCAGGCUUUGCGAGACCCUCCUCAAGCCGCCAUUUAUGAGCCCGCUUUGGAACAUGAUAGUUUUGCCCAGACGCAAGGCGCUGCGCAAGUACAUUCUGCCCUGGUCCAAUACCUUACCGGCUGGUUUGGAUUCCCCACUAUGCAGACUUGGAAUUUCGAUUGUCCGGCGAAAUUGCUUAUCGUCGACGAGAUUCAUCUUCCUACCCUGCUCGCACGUCGGCCAGAUUACCUCGAUACGCUGUCGUUACAAAGCACCAUCAUCUUGUGCGCCAGCCCUUCCAGGCAAGCAAUCUUGACAAGGGACGUUACAAGCACACAUGUAGAGGUGAUCUGCAAACCGUUUGGGCCCUACAAGCUAGCUCGUGCGAUCUCAAGAGCCCUUGACAAGUUAAUGAAGUCUCCCGCCGCAAAGGAGAAGCUCAAUACUCAGUCCGUGUCGCCCGCACCGCUGCAGCCUUCGCACACUCGACAUUUUCCCCAGACCUUGUCUCCGCAAAAUAUUGCGCGCCGCUCGAGCGUCCAAGGCAAAUUCGGUGGCAUACCACAGGCGGACCCCGCAACGGCUCGAGAGCGCCUGUCUCGCGUCACACCACAAUCGCCGAGCGAGCACUACAAAGAGAUUGGUGCUAGUGAAGAUGGAGGAUUCCCUUUUCCGCCAAAAUCUAGUCCUCGACGUGAAAGUACCUUCUCACUGCGACGUGACAAGAACGGCGGCGAGCGACCCGGAGAGCCAGGGCUUGAUUCUGUGGCGAUUCCCAGCGCUGAGCAGAAGUCACCUGCCAUUGCUUCUGAGCUAGCUCCAGUAGUGGGUGCCACCUCGGUGCAAGAAGCUAGGGCCAUCGGGAGUGAAGCUUCGUCAGAGAGGCAAGCAGCAACACAAACUCGAAGGCCGCGACUGCUCCUCGUGGACGACAAUCGACUGAACCUACAGCUCCUACACACCUAUGUCUCCAAGAUUGGCUACGAUGCUACAAUGGCGAGAACGGCGGAGAAUGGACUGCAAGCCUUUGAGAUAUACAAGAGCUUCCUACCCGAUAUCGUUUUCAUGGACCUCUCGAUGCCUGUCAUGGACGGCAACGAGUCUGCCCGACAGAUUAGACGGUUCGAAGCCGAGCAAGGGCGGUCAACUGGAGCUGAAAGUACCUCGAAACCUGCACUCAUCAUUGCGCUCACGGGAAAUGCAAAAGGGAGUGAUCAGAAAGAGGCGUUCGAAAGCGGCAUGAAUUUGUACAUGGUGAAGCCAGUUUCGUUCAAGCAAGUCGGGAAGCUGCUAGAAGAUUGGAUGGAGCAGCAUAGGGCUACACGCUGA